CCGCACUGUGGCCACUGCUGAAGCUGGGCGCCACAUCAGUCAGACAUGAACACUUUUUCCGCGCUUAGUAUUAUGGUUCUGUCAGGGCUAGUCGCAGCGAGCCCACGCGGCCCGUGCGGCUGCCAACCAGUCUUCGAAUAUUGCGCCAACGACUACACCACGUACCACAGCAUCUGCGAGUUCAAGUGCAGACAUCCCUCCGUCCAGUUCCAUGACUGGUACAUUCUGUACCACGGGCCUUGUGUAUCGGAGCUGGACACUACUACGCAGCGGACAACUACAACGCAGCCGACAACUACAAAGCCGAGGAUAACCGAAACUACUACAACAGCAACGGCGCCGUCGAAAUGCGAACUAUAAUUAAUUAUAUAUGGCAUUUAAAUUAUAUUACAAAUCUAGACACGCGGUAGCGUGUCAAGCCAAGUUCAAGUAAAAGAACUGGCGAGCAGCACCGUGUGUAAUAUUACACGAACCAUUUGGAGCCACUUUUGACCCCCUCAUAACUCAAAAACUAUUUUACAUAAACGUGUCAAAUUUGGCUCCUAUAUUGAGAUAUACGAGAUAGACAUGUGCGCCAAAUUUCGUAAACACAUCUCAAACGGUUGUUUAGAUAAUAACGUCCAAAAAUCGUGAUUUUUAUCAUAUAUAUACAACGUGUCACACCAUGCACUGAAAACCAGAAAACAGUUUGUUCAGAAUCAAGAGUAGAAUCGAUUACGCUAUAUUUUAAUGCAGGUUAUUUUUUGUAUUUAGUUUUCAUUUUUUGCGUGCCAGGUCUAAAAGUUACAAAAGCAAAAGUUACUACUGUAUCUCUGAUAGAGGAUUGCAUA